AUGGCUGAACAUAACAUGCAAAUUUCACUCUCAAGCUCCUCAAACGAUUCCUCAGACCAAGAAACGCCUUUCACCACCGCCAUGAACCCAACAAUCGACACCGGCGGUUCAUUUCACCAACAAACACCAACUGAUUCACCACAACCCUACAGAAAACCGCGUGGCAGACCACCAGGCUCUAAAAACAAACCAAAACCACCUCUUGUAAUCACACAAGACAAUGAACAAGCCAUGAAACCUGCAAUCAUUGAAGUUGCUGCUGGUACUGAUGUUCUUCAAGCUGUCAUCCAGUUUGCUGUUCGUCUUCGUUCAUGUCUCACCAUUCUUAGCGGUUCUGGUACUAUUGCUGUUGCUACACUCCAUUACCCAGUUUGUCAAUCUCCUGCUUUUACUCUUCAUGGGCCUUUUUCUUUGUUGACUUUGACUGGUACUUUCUUCUUCCCUCCUUCUCCACCACCACCACGACCACCAACUCCUCCUCUUCCUAUUUCUAUUCCUAUUGCUUCAUCUUCUUCAUCAAACCCUAACCCUAACCAGUUAGAAACACCAACACCAGCUUCAACUUUUGGUAUUACUCUUGCUGGUAUGCAGGGACAAAUCUUUGGUGGAAUAAUUGGUGGAAAAGUUAUAGCUGGUGGUGACGGUGUUAAGAUUGUUGCUUCUUUGUUUAAAAAUCCCGAACUUCAUAGGGCUGCCGGUAUUCUUUUGGAAGCUGAUGAUGAUGUUGAAGAUGAUGAUAACAAUGGAGAUGGUAACAGCAAUGGUGGUGGUGAUCAUGGUGCUGGUAGUAGUGGUGGUGCUGCUGCUGAGAAUGUGUCUGGUUUCAAUGUUCCUAAUCCGAUGACAAUGAAUCCACAGCAUUCUGAUCCAAGCUUCAUGCCAUGGAAUCACCCUUCUCACCCUCGUCCUUUGCAUUUCUGA